AUGACUCAGCAGAUAUGGAGAUCUAAGCCUUUUAUAUCCUUCCAUUUUUUUUUCUUUCAAAUUUCCUUUUUUCUUGUUUUUUACAUUCUUUUUUUAUUCUUCUUGCUCAUCUACUUUCUGAAACAGAUUCUUGACUUUGUCUGUCCAUUCUUUGUGUGCUUAUUUUUUCUUCUUUUUCUGCUUUUUGUCUUCGUUUUUUUUCUUCUGAUUCUUUUUUUACUUUUCUUCGUUUUCUGCUUCGCUUCUGUUUCUUCUUUCCUUUUUUCUUUUUUCUUUCCCUUCUCUUUUCUUCUGCUUCUUUUCUUUUUCUUUUUUUUUCUUCCUCUGCUUCGUUUCUUUUUUUUUUCUCUUUUUUCUUCUGCUUCUUUUAUUUUCUUUUCUUAUUCUUCUUUUCUUUUUCCUCUUUUUUCUUCUGCUACUUUUCUUUUUUUCUUUUUCUUCUACUUCUUUUCUUUUUCUUUUCUUUUUCUUCUUUUACUUCUUUUCUUUUUCUUUUACUGCAUCUUUUCUUUUUUUUCUUUUUCUUUUUCUGUUUCUUUUAUUUUUUCUUCUACUGCAUCUUUUCUUUUUUCUUUUUCUUCUUCUUCUUUUCUUUUUUCUUUUUCUUCUUCUGCUUCGUUUCUUUUUUCUUCUUUUCUUUUUUCUCUUUUUCUUCCGUUUCUUUUCUUUUCUUAUUCUUCUUUUCUUUUUUCUCUUUUUUCUUCUGCCUCUUUUCUUUUUUUCUUUUCUUUGUCGCCUUCUUUUCAGUUUUUUUUUCUUUUCUUUUUUCUCUCUUUUCUUCUGGUUCUUUUUAUUUUUCUAAUUCUUUCCCGUUUCUUCUUUUUCUUCAUUUCUUCUUUCUCUUUUCGUCUUCUUUUGUUUCUUCUUUUUAUCUUCUUUUUCUACUGCCUCUUUUCCUUCUUUUUUUUCAUUUCUCUUCUUUUUUCUUUCCCUCUUUCUUCCUCCUGCAAGUUUGUUAAUGAUUUUUACUUUCCUUUUUUUUCAUUACUGUCCUCCCGACUCUCCUCCUCCUCCUACUCUCGCUUCAUCUUCUUCUUCUUCCUCUAUUUUUUAUACUCUUUCAGGUCUGUUAUUGCGUCUCUGUUAUUUUUUCAUUUCUCUCCUCACCCCUAUUUCUUCUUCUCUUUCCCUCUUUUUCUUCUUCCUCUUCUCCUUUACUCUUUUGCUUUUUUAUUUUUUUAUAAUUUUUUUAUAAUUUGUUCAUAUUUUUCCGAUAUUUUUUUCUUUUUUUUAUCAUUAUUCUUCAUUCACACUACUUCUACCUCUUGCAUUUGCUUCUCCCUUUUCUUCUCUCGCUUAAUCUUUUCCUUCUCCCUAUUUUCUCCUCUUUCUUUUUCUUGUCCCUUUUCUUUUUCUCCUGCUUCUUCUUCUUUUCUAUCUUCUCUCGGUUCCAUAUUUCCCUCUUCUUCUUCUUCUUCUUCUUCUUCUUCUUCUUCUUCUUCUUCUUCUUCCUUUUUUUCUUUUUCUCCCUCUUCUUCUUUUCUUCUCUCGUUUCCUCAUUUCCCUCCUUUUCUUUUCCUGCUACUUCUCUGUCUCCCCCCCUUCCAUACUUUUCUUUUUAAAAUGAUCUCAUCUCUACCAAAGUGCAACUGUUUCCCAGACUAUUAA